UUUUUCCCCCCCAGGACUGUCUCCGUGGCAUCCCCAGCUUCCCAACCCCCACCAUGCUGCUGCCUCUGUCCAUGGCGGCCUGGGGUGGCCAGACUCCUGUGCACUGGGAGCCCCCACAGACAGGAGUUGCUGUGGCGAUGCAGCCUCUGCCCGCGUCCACCCGGGUUGGCCAUGGACACAGAUUGCUUCAUGGCAGCAGCCCCUGUCAGCAGAGGGUCCCAUUGGAUGGGAGCUAGCACUGGAGCGGCCUCCAUCUGCACAGACAGAGCUGCUGCCUCUGUUUCAGAGGCAAUGUAGACCACAGGGUUUUAUAAUGUUUUAUGUAAUGUGCUUAAUAGGUAGUUUGAGAAUGAAUGUUAAACAACUAUAACUCUGCUGGCCACCUUUCUCUGGUUAUCAGGGAAGAAGAGUCUUCUAGGUCCUUAAUAAAGAUGCAUCAGGCAAAAACAGCUUGUGAUUAUUGUAUCUGAUGUCAAGACAGAAAGAGAUCAGAAGGAGCCUUGUUAUUCAGCAUGGUUACAUUGAUGCUCUUAGGAGUAAUUAGAAUAUAUAUUAUGUUAUAAAAAAAAUAUGAUGAAUGAAUUAAAAGUUUGUAUUAGCAGAAGUUUUGUAUUGAAAAUAGAUUGAUACCUCUGGUAUGGACAAUUGUAUCCCUUUUUCCCAUCUUUGAAAUGUGUAGUUCUUGGGGAGGCAGAGUGAAUGAGUUUGGAAUGUGAUUAUUUGGAGAGAACACAAUUUGUAGGUCCAGCAAUUUCAGAGUUCAGAUGGUAGAAGAGGGGAAGGGACUGGAAGACUCAGAGGUGUCAAGGUAUGGUAAAUUGAAGCCCAAUAUGACGCAGACCAAUGGAAGACAUAUGGAUGGCCUUGAAGUAUUAAGAAGCAAGCACCCUUUUACAAACAAGCUAGCCUUGAAAUAAACACUGGGAAGGAAGCACCAACAUAUUGAUGUCAGAUGGCAAAGAAGAAUGACUUCCAGAUAAACAGAUGUCAAAAUGGUGAUUGAUUGAUAGCUGAGGAUGCAAAAUGUAUAAACCUGAAUGGGAGAAAAGUCCUAUAAAAGAUGGGAUGUCUUGCAGGAAUCUCUGGGUCUCAUCUUGUCAAAUCAAAGCAUUGGUCCAGAUCAAGAGAAGCUCCUGCUCCUUUCCCUCCCACUUAACUUGCCUGGACAGUACGUUAAUAUAAUCUUGUGAUGGAAGGGAACCGAUGUGUUGCCCCUGAACUCUCCACCCUUAUUAACACAAUAACCAAGCCUACCACUUCAUGCUCAUUCAAUACAUUUGCAGUUGAGUUUCCAAAAAAGCGCAAAGAAAGUGACUGUGAUAACCAGAGUGAAGAUGGAGAACAUGUGAAAAUUAAAUAUUUCAGAGAAGCUCAUAGUCAAACGGAAAAACGAAGAAGAGAUAAAAUGAAUAACUUGAUAGAAGAAUUAUCUGCUAUGAUACCUCAGUGCAAUCCUAUGGCACGUAAAUUAGACAAACUUACAGUAUUACGAAUGGCUGUACAACAUUUCAAGUCAUUAAAAGGCUCUACCAGUUCUUAUGCAGAAGUCCAGUACAAACCUUCAUUUUUGCAGGAUGGUGAACUGAGACAGUUAAUCCUUAGGGCUGCGGAUGGGUUCCUCUUUGUGGUUGGAUGUGACAGAGGAAAAAUUCUUUUUGUCUCUGAAACAGUCUGCAAGAUACUUUAUUAUGAUCAGGCCAGUUUGAUUGGACAAAGUUUAUUUGACUACUUGCAUCCAAAAGAUGUUGCCAAAGUGAAGGAGCAACUAUCCUCUUCAGAUGCUUCACCAAGAGAAAAGCUUAUAGAUGCUAAAACUGGCUUGCAAGUACAUAUGGAUUUUCAAGCUGGGUCAGCUCGAUUUCAUUCUGGUGCUCGGCGUUCCUUCUUCUGUCGGAUAAAGUGUAGUAGGAUCACAGUCAAGGAGGAAAAGAAAUGCUUGCCCAACUCAAAGAAGAAAGAUCACAGAAAGUAUCGUACAGUCCACUGUACUGGCUAUCUGAAGAGCUGGCCUCCUAGUGAGGUGGGAGUGGAAGAGAAUGAUGCAGAAAAAGGCAGAAGUAACUGUCUUGUUGCAAUUGGGAGAUUGCAUCCUUAUAUUGUUCCACAAAAGAAUGGUGAGAUAAAGGUCAAGCCAACAGAAUUUGUUACACGCUUUGCCAUGGAUGGAAAAUUUGUUUAUGUAGACCAGCGCGCAACAGCAAUUUUAGGAUAUCUGCCACAAGAGCUUCUAGGAACUUCUUGUUAUGAGUACUUCCAUCAAGAUGAUCACAGUCAUCUAGCUGAUACACACAAAGCAGUGUUGCAGAGUAAAGAAAAAAUAUUUACAAAUUCCUACAAAUUCAGAACAAAAGAUGGAACUUUCAUUACAUUGAAGAGUCAGUGGUUUAGUUUCAUCAAUCCAUGGACCAAAGAACUGGAAUACAUUGUAUCGACCAACACUCUAGUGUUGGGUCAUAAUGAAUCAGAAGAAGAAACAUUACUACCCUGUGGUUCCCAGUCCUCAGAAGAUACUUCAAAGCAGUCUUUUCUCAGUGUACCUGGGAUGUCCACUGGAACAAUACUUGGUGCUGGAAGCAUAGGAACUGAGAUUGCAAAUGAAGCAUUAAAUUUAGAAAGAUUACAACAUUCUCCAUCUGUUGGUGAGUUAAGUCCAUCUGAUCUUAUGAGGAAAUUUUCCCCAACGUUAACUCCAAAAUGCAACAGUGAGCCAAAUAAAGAGCUGGUUCGAUUAUGUCCUUCAGAAAUGGAGGACUUGGAGACCUCUGAGCAAAAUCAGGGCACUGUUUCUUUCCCAAGCAAUGAACCUCUUCUCAGUGACAAUUGCCAAUUAGAUUUUGAUGCAAUGUGUGAAAAUGAUGACACUGCCAUGGCUUCUCUCAUGAAUUACUUGGAAGCUGAAGGAGGCCUUGGGGAUGCUGUAGAACUCAGUGAUAUACAAUGGAUUCCCUAGUGGUUCUUUUUUAUACAAAUAAGAAGAAUGUAAAAUUCUGUAAUGCACAACAGCCGCACAUCCUCAAGUACUGUAUUGUUAAUUUUCAAUACUUGAUUUUAAUUCAUGUUUACUAUCUGUAUAUUUGCUAAGAUUUUUAUGCCUGGUUCACAAAGAAAAGGUUUGUUCUGCACAUAUCGAAGAAAAUGUGAUUUUUUUUCAUGACUGAGAACCUCAACAUUUUAUUAUUGAUACAUAUCUAACUAGAGCACUUAAAACACUGUUUAUCAAAAAGCUUUAACCCAAAGAUACCGUACAAUGUAUAGGAAUAACUGUGUUCAUCUUAAUGUUUUAAUACAUUUUUUAAAAGCUUUUAUUUGUAAUUUUAAGAGUUGAGUGGGUAAGAGUAUUAUGUUCCAUGUCAUUUCUAUAGGACAUCUGCUUACCUAGUUUGAGAUAUAUUUGUUUUGUAUCCAUAAGGUGUCUUUGAAAAUAUGGUUUCCACAUUGCAGAAUUGUAAGAUAAAGUACUAUAAUACUAAAGGGGACACUGUGGUUUACAAUUCUUUGUUCUUUUUAGAAAUAUUGUGUGCAGUUUUUGUAGUCAGGUCAAAACAAAAAAACAGUAGCUCAGAAGCAAGUUAUAGGAUUUCUGUAAAUUGUCUAGUAUGUUGACCAGGAAAUGACUUUAAGAUUUCUGGACAAAUAAUGUUAAACAUUGUCCCACAGCACAUAUAUGAUGAGUGGGAGAAGGAGAGAAACAAAAUAGUUUAAUUAAUUCAAAGUAUUUUUAUUUAAGUAAAAGGACAGAAUACAAACCAAAGUAGUUAUAUUUGGAAUUUGGUCACUAUCAUUUGGGAAUAUUAUUGUCUUGGAAUUAUGCUUGAGAGCAGUGGAUUUCAACCUCUUUUCACUUGUGGUGUCCUAAAAAUGUUGAAGGGAAGGCUGGAUUGCUUUGGAAAUCUUCAACAUAGUCUGCUGAUCACCAGAGAUCCAUGGACCACAGGUUGAAAAGCUCUUUUAUAGAGCAUAGCUAUUUAAAGUGAGUAAAUAUAAAAUUAGCUAAUAUAAUUUUAGAUCUGAAGAAAAAUUGAGCAGCUGGAGAUUUUAAAAAGUAAUAAAGUGGGAUUGAGUCUAGUCAGAAGUGGUAAAGCAUGUUGGUUCUUAAUGGCCUUUUUCUGUUUACUGUCUUACAUAAAUACAGUUUUGUGAGCUUUACCUCAAGUUGGGGGCCUAAAUAUUGAGCCAACCAAAAUCAUUAGCCUCUUUUGAAAGAAUCCUGGUCUUUUUCUCUGUCUAUUAAUUGAGACUGCUGGAGCUACAUUUGAGUUAUGUAACUGCACAAAAUAUUGGGAAAAAUGUGUGUAUGCUUGUGUAGUGGCUCUAGGAGGUUUCCAAGUGACAAUUUAGGGGUAUGUUAAAUUUUGUGAGAUGUAUGCUUAAAUUAAUAUUAGCUUUUGUAGUAUUUGUAUUUUGGAGAAAUCAAAACAGUUUUCUAUUACUUAAUACUAGAUGCAAAUAAUUUUUUGUGCCACUACACUCCUUUAAUAUAUAAUUACUGCAUUUAACAUUUUUCUUUCUAAUUUUAUAACCUUGCAAAACAUGUGAUCCAGUUAUGCCAGAUAAGUAUUGAGUGUAGUACACCAUAUUAAUACUUAAUAAUCUUAAUAAUACUGUAUUAAUAUGGUGUUAGUUUCCAGGUAUUGAUGUCUUAUCUCAUACAUUGUUUGUGCAAAUAAAUGAGUGAAUCACUCAAAUGUACACUUUCCUACCCA